AUGCUUAUAACGGAAUUUCGAGUCCUUUUACCGAUGACAGUCGAAGAGUAUCAAGUUGCACAAUUAUAUGCAACAGCUAAAGUUUCCAAACAAAACACAGGUGGUGGUGAAGGUGUAGAAAUUCUUGCUAAUGAACCAUUUCAAAAGCCUGCAUCGGAAGGAUUUCUUGGCAAAUAUAAUACUGGUCAAUAUACGAAAAAAAUCUAUCAUUUAGGUUCACGUGUACCAAACUUCGUUCGUUUAGUAUUUAAAGAUUCAACAUUAUCUUUAAAUGAAGAAGCAUGGAAUGCUUAUCCAUAUUGUAAAACAGUUCUAACAAAUCCAUAUAUGAAAGAUCAUAUGUUUAUUGAUAUAUCAACAUUGCAUGUAGCUGAUCGUGGUGAAUCAGAAAAUGUUCAUCAACUUACUGGUGAUGAACUUAAAAAACGUCAAGUUGUCUAUAUUAAUAUUGCUGAUAAAGUUAGCCGUGGUGAUUAUAAACCAGAAGAUGACCCAGAAAAAUUUAAAUCAGUUAAAACUGGUCGUGGUCCACUUUUAUCGACUGAACCAUGGUAUAAAAAUUGUCAACCAUAUAUGUAA